CCACGGCCUCCCUCACCACCGCGAUCCUGCGAGAAAACAAGGGGAAAAGGAGAUAAUCGUUGACCGAGGAGAGAAUGGCGAGCGAGAAGAGCAAGAUCCUGAUCAUCGGGGGCACGGGGUACAUCGGCAAGUUCAUCGUGUUUGCGAGCGCCAGGUUAGGUAACCCUACCUUCGCUCUCGUCCGGAGCACCACCGCCCCCGCCGGCCAACCCGAGAAGGGCAAGCUCCUGAGCGACUUCCAGGCCGCCGGCGUCACCCUGGUCCAGGGGGAUAUAUAUAACCACGAGAGUCUGGUUAAGGCGAUCAAGCUGGUGGAUGUGGUCAUCUCCCCCGUCGGCUUCGGGCAGCUGAGUGAUCAGACUAAGAUCAUCGACGCCAUCAAAGAAGCCGGAGGACACAUCAAGAGGUACCUUCCAUCGGAGUUUGGCAACGACGUAGACCGAAGCCAUGCUGUGGAGCCAGCAAAGUCGACCUUUGUCGUCAAGCAACAAAUUAGAAGGGCUGUUGAGGCAUCGGGGAUCCCUUACACCUUUGUAUCUUCCAACUUCUUCGGUGGGUAUUUCCUCCCGGUAUUGGGACAGGCAGGAGCCACUGGUCCUCCCACGGACAAGGUUGUCAUCUUAGGUGACGGGAACACAAAAGCGAUCUUUCUCAAUGAAGACGACAUCGGGACAUACACAAUUAAAGCAGUGGAUGAUCCGAGAACCCUGAACAAGGUUCUAUAUCUGAGACCUUCCGCCAACAUCUUGUCUCAUAACGAGCUCAUUUCCCUCUGGGAGAAGAAGGUCGGCAAGACCUUCGAGAGGGUCUACGUCCCAGAAGAAGAAGUCCUGAAGCAGAUCCAAGAGGCGCCAAUCCCUCUCAACGUCAUGCUCUCUAUUUGCCACUCCGCCUUUGUGAAGGGUGACCACACCAACUUCGAGAUCGAGCCAUCUUUCGGCGUGGAGGCCACGGCUCUGUUCCCUGACGUCAAGUACACCACCGUUGACGAAUUCCUGAACCGUUUCCUGUGAGAGCACGUCGUCGUCGGUGGCUAGCAGCCGGUCAACAACGUAGGCAGCUUGGCUUGGACGGUUCGAUGAGUGUGUGUUGUGGUUGAUGCUUUUCUUGUGCCCCGUGCUGUAAUGGCCGUAUGUUGCCCGCUGUUCUUCCUCUUUCUUGUUCGAGCGCCAUCGCCGCUAAAUAAUUUUGUUGUCCUCCUUCCCAGAAUACUAAAUUAAUAAGGCGCUUUGUUCCGUUUA